UUCAACGACACAUGAUAACACACACGGGAGAAAAGCCCUAUGCAUGUAAGCAAUGUGGGAAAACCUUUAGUUAUCCCCAGUCUUUCCAAAGACAUGAAAAGACUCACACUGGAGAGAAACCGUAUGAAUGUAUACAAUGUGGGAAAGCCUUCAGUUGGCCUGAAACCUUUCGAGUACAUGUGAGAAUGCAUACUGGAGAAAAGCUCUAUAACUGUGAAAACUGUGGGAAAGUUUUCAGUUGUCCCAAAUCCUUUCAAGGUCAUGUGCGAACUCACACUGGAGAGAAACCGUAUGAAUGUAAGCAAUGUGGGAAAGCUUUCACUUCAUCUAGAUCGUUUCAAGGUCACAUGAGAACUCACACAGGAGAGAAACCAUAUGAAUGUAAGCAAUGUGGGAAAACCUUCUGUUGGUCCUCAUCCUUACAAAAACAUGUGAGAAUGCACACAGGAGAGAAACCUCAUGAAUGUAAACAAUGUGGGAAAGCCUUCAAGUGGCCCUCAUCUUUUCGAAACCACAUGAGAAUGCACACUGGAUAGAAACCCUAUGAACAUGCAUGAUAUUCAAAAGCUUUUAGUUGUCAAGUCAUUCUUUCUGGAACACGUGAGAGUGCACACUAGAGAGAUAUAACUCUA